AAGGUGGCUCAUAUAUCAACAAGUUAUUUCCAGGCUGGUUUCAAUCGAGGCGAUAAUUCCGAGCACUACGCCCUACCUACAUCGGGCACUGGUAAUAUCAUGUACCUAGAAGAGUACGGUAACACAGGGAUUCCUGGGGAAUGGAUGUUCGAACUGGGAAAGAAGCGAGUGAUUCGGUGCAAGCAGGGCAUCAAGGGUGACACAUGCGACGAAGAAUGUUCUUCUGGCGAAUGGGGUGCCGAUUGUGCAUUAUGUUGUCACUGUGGUGAAGGAACGUGUCAUCCAUUGACUGGCGAAUGUCCCAAGGGAUGUGCUGAGUGUUGGUUGGGAAGCAACUGCCAGACUAGUAAAGAAAGAGAACUGCCAUGCGAGACCAUCGGCUCAAUGCGCUCCGAAUGCGAUUUCGUUCACCGAUUACGAUCGUUGUGGUGA